AUGGGAUACCCCUACUACCAAACGGACCCUUACUACCAACAACAACCUUUCAAACUCUGGUAUACCCCACAAGCCUAUAAAAUUGGCACCGGUGUCGUUCCAUCAUCCAGUGGUCAAAUCAACAGUGGUCAAAUCGAAAACCCAUAUGAUCCAUAUUCGACAAACAAUGGUUAUAACCAGAACCCUUACAACCCAUACUACCCGUAUUAUCCGUAUAAUUGGGAGGACACUUAUAACAGCAAUUACUAUAACCCUUACAAUAAUCAUUAA